AAGUAAACAAAUGGUAAAGACAUCAAAGGUUUACGGAGUAAAACUACGGAAGAGGGAAAUUUUCGUGGCAUCGGCUUCUGAGUGGCAUCAUUCUUCGACGUACACACAUGAGACAUUAUUAAAGAUCUUUUCGACCAUAAAAGAUGCUUCUGACGCGAUAAUCGCGAAAAUGGACGAGUCAAAAAUAGAGAAAAAUCACGGUCUCAGGCGUAAUGUCAACUUCGUAAUUGACAUGAAUUUAGAAACUGAGAUAGUCACACGAGCAGAUGAUGAAGGCAGUAAGAAGUAUUUUAUUAGGCCGGAAAAACCUUUUGAAAGGGACAUUAGUGAGCUUGUGGAUGAUAAGGAUUUUGAGACUGAGCUGACCGAAGACGAAGAGGAGUUCUUGAGCGGAAAAGUAGAAAUUGGGGGAGCGGAAAUGCAGAGCACCAUUGCAACCCCGGAUACUCGCGGAAACACGGCGAAAGGAUUAAAGAGUGCAAGUGCUACAGCUGCUGAGAACACGGUGUGCGAGGUAAGAAACGUUGUAGACACUUACAAAGCAGACAGCAUUGAAACAAAAAGGGUUGCAGCAGGCGAUAAAUGCAAAACUGAUGUUUCUGAAUCAGAUUUGACAAUGAAAAAGAUGUCUGGCGUUUCAACAGCAGAUAAUAACCGUAGGAUCGCACAAGUUAACAAAUAUGAUGUGGUCAGCACAUUAAUUAAUCAUGGAAUAGACGGUACUGGUAAUGCAACUGGGAGAUCGGAUGCCAGAAUUAUUACUAGCUCUGAAGUGAUGGUCAAUGAAACCAGUGGAAAGAGGGGCAGAGCAAAGAUCGGUACUAAAAAGACGCAAGAAAUUGCUGCUGAUACAUCCGGCAGUACCGGAAAGAGCGAACUGCGAUCACAGUCCGUUAAAGACACACAGAGCAUGAAGAAAAUGAAUCACAAGAAAAAAAAUGAGCAGUCAACCGCGAAGAAACAACGACUAGUCGACGAUAAACAACCAAGAAGGAAUAUUUUUUCCAAUUUUCAACCGAAGCUUUUGCGAACACCUACUCAGGAGGAGAUAAACGAGUAUUAUACCGACUAUUCUAUAAUAAAGAAUCCCCUGAGAAAUAUCAGGAGCGGUAAUUCGCCUUAUGUGUACUAUGAAAUCACAGGGAAGAAGGAGCUCAGGAAGCGAAUGGUAAUACGGCUCAAAGGGAGGAAAAGAAGUGUGAAGGAUGAAUUGAUUGGCAAGUUUUUCGUAAGCGGUGACAUGUCGGAUGAGGGUGAUGAUGUUAAGUUCUAA